AUGGCUUUAGCAGUCGUUGAAGCAGCGAGAAAACUACGACCGUAUUUCCAGUCGCAUUCCGUGGAAGUACUGACUGAUCAGCCUCUCCGAACGAUACUCCAGAACACCAACAGAUCCGGCAGACUCACAAAGUGGGCCAUUGAACUCGACGAGCUCGAUAUCACCUACAAGAACCGCACGGCAGCGAAAUCCCAGGUUCUUGCCGACUUCUUGGUCGAACUGGCCCCAGAAUUGGAGCAAGAUCUCACACUCCCAAGCUCAAACUGGACGCUGCACGUCGAUGGAUCGUCGACCAACAAGGGAGCAGGUGCUGGAGUCCAACUACAGUCCCCAACCGGUGAGCUAAUCAGACAGUCUUUCAGCUUUGGCUUUCCCGCGUCAAACAACGAGGCAGAAUACGAAUCUCUGAUCGCAGGACUUCGCUUAGCAAAAGCCGUAAAAGCUAAACGACUAAGCUUUUAUUGCGACUCCCAGUUAGUCGCCAGUCAGUUCAGCGGCGACUACGACGCCCGCAACGAUCGAAUGGACGCCUAUCUCAAAAUAGUGCAAAGCCUGGCAGCAAAGUUCGAAUUCUUCGAACUCAUCAAAGUUCCGAGAGGCGAGAACGUCUGCGCUGACGCCCUCGCCGCCCUUGGCAGCAAGCUUCGUGAUCAAGUGAAACGAACCAUUCCGAUACAUCGUAUCGAGAAACCAAGCAUCGACGUCCUAACCGAUCAAACCCUCGUUGCCCAAGUCGUUGAACCCGCUACUCCAGACGACGAUGAGUUUGACCCAGAUUGGAGAACUGAAUUCAUCGACUACCUCUCGAAGGGGGAACUCCCAGCCGAAAAAUGGGCAGCUCGCCGGCUAAAAACCCGUAGCGCCCAUUACGUCGUUCUCGACAAUGAACUGCAUAGAUGGACUGCGAGUAAGGUGCUCUUAAAAUGCAUCCAUGGCGACGAGACAUCAAGGGUUAUGGCAGAAACGCACGAAGGCACUGGUGGAAAUCAUUCGGGCGGACGUGCGUUGGCAAUAAAAGUAAGGAGCUUGGGUUUCUUAUGGCCAACAAUGAACACGGACUGCGAGUCUUACGCGAGAAGCUGCGACAAGUGCCAACGGCACGCACCCAGCAUCCAUUGUCCAACCGAAAUGUUGCGAACAACCACCGCUCCCUACUCGUUCAUGCGAUGGGCGAUGGACAUCAUAGGACCACUUCCCCGUUCCCGCCAAAGACGCUUCAUCCUCGUCCUCACCGACUACUUCACCAAAUGGAUCGAAGCCGAAGCAUACGCUCAAGUCACAGACAAAGAAGUCUGCGGUUUCGUCUGGAAAAACAUCAUUUGCCGCCAUGGUCUACCUUAUGAAAUUGUUACCGACAACGGAUCGCAGUUCAUGUCAGGUAAUUUCAAGGAGUUCUGUGGCAAGUGGAACAUUCGACUAAGCCCCUCCACUCCUCGUUACCCGCAAGGUAACGGCCAGGCAGAAUCCUCCAACAAACUCAUCAUCGAUGGCAUCAAGAAGCGUCUGGACCUGAAAAAGGGUCACUGGGCCGACGAACUCGACGGAGUCCUAUGGAGCCACCGCACAACCCCGCGAGGAUCGACUAAAUCGACUCCUUUCUCCCUCGCCUACGGUGUCGAAGCAUGGCUCCUGCUGAAGUUAACGUUUCAAGCCUCCGACGUUCCAAGAUGCCUCAAUACGUCGAGCUCAACAAGGAGAUGCUGCUCGACGCCCUCGACGAGAUAG